GUCAGUAUUUUUCAAAUGGGGUUAAUGGAAUCCCUUUUCUUCGUAAAGAGGGAUAUUUGCCCAAAAUUAAGAAGCACGAUUUGUCGAGGAAGAAAUCCGGUGGCCUGAGAACUCACCAUGCAUGCAACUCGAUGAAGCCAAAACUUCCGAUACAAAACCAAUCAUAUUAAAUCAAACAGAAUGGAAGCUUCUAUUACUUUCCGAAGACAAUCGGAAACUUCCAUUUCCAUUGAUGCGCUGAGAAAUUCUCAUCAUUUGAAAACGUCACAUGGUGACGCUUACGAGAAUCUAUCCAGCAACACAUCAAAUUAACCACCGAAGUGAUAGUUGUUAAUUGAGGGAAAACGCUGAUGUAAUUUGACCAGAAUUUACAAAUAGCUACAAAAUUGAUUUCUGUUUCAGGGUUUUAUUGUAAACGAAGUAAUUCAAAUGUUUAUGUAACGUCACACGAAAUAAAUGAAAAUCGGUGUAAGCUUCCACGAAUCACCAUUUUAGUUUUCAUCGCCGUCAAUCCCGCGUUGUUUCUCGUUCAGAUUUGAGGGGAUUUCGUUCAAAUCAUUCACAAUUUGAUUUCAAGAAACUGUUUUCUGAAGAACAAUACAUCUGAACUUUACAGAUUAAUCAAUGGGAGGCAAGAAUUCAAGGGAAGAAGCAGCGAGAUAUAGACAUUCGUCAUCGUUCCAAUCAACUUCAUCUUUUUCUAAUUAUCCUCCUCAACCAUCGUAUUCUCUUCCGCCUCAAGGAGAUCAAAAUUACCCUUUUCAGGAUCCGAAUCCACAACAAUAUACUUCUCUUCCAAUCUAUACACCACAGAAGAAGCUCGACAAAAAAUAUUCACGAAUUGCUGAUAGUUACAACUCUUUGGAACAGGUGACAGAGGCUCUAUCACAUGCGGGACUUGAGUCUUCUAAUCUCAUUGUUGGCAUUGAUUUCACCAAAAGCAAUGAGUGGACAGGUUCAAGAUCUUACAACAGAAAAAGCUUGCAUCACAUUGGAGAUGAUUUAAAUCCAUAUGAACAUGCCAUAUCCAUCAUUGGAAAAACUUUAGCUGCUUUUGAUGAGGAUAACUUGAUUCCUUGUUAUGGAUUUGGAGAUGCAACAACACAUGAUCAAGAUGUUUUCAGCUUUUAUCCUGAAGAUAGUUUUUGUAAUGGAUUUGAAGAUGUGUUAAGUAGAUAUAGAGAAAUUGUCCCUCAUCUUAAGCUUUCAGGUCCCACAUCUUUUGCCCCUGUCAUUGAACAAGCUAUGACAAUUGUUGAACAAAGUGGUGGCCAAUACCAUGUCUUAUUAAUCAUUGCUGAUGGGCAGGUAACAAGAAGUGUGGAUACAGAGCGAGGUCAUUUGAGUCCACAAGAACAAAAAACUGUAGACGCCAUAGUCGAAGCAAGCAAGCUUCCACUCUCUAUUGUAUUAGUCGGGGUGGGAGAUGGGCCGUGGGACAUGAUGAAGGAAUUUGACGAUAAUAUCCCUGACCGUGACUUUGAUAAUUUCCAAUUUGUGAAUUUCACGGAUAUCAUGUCGAAAAACACGCCUCAAAUCCGAAAAGAGACAGAAUUUGCUCUUUCAGCAUUGAUGGAAAUCCCUUCUCAGUAUAAAGCGACAAUUGAAUUAAAUUUACUUGGUAGUCGCAAAGAUAUAGGAAUGUCGCGUUGGAGGAUUGCCCUUCCGCCACCUAUUCGUUCACCAUCAACUUACAACAUCUCAAAACCAUUUAAUUCAAAUAGUUUUCAAAAGGGGUCAAUGUCACAAUCAUCUUAUUAUGGUCAAACUAGUCAACAUCACGUAUUGGAAUCAAUUUCAAAAUCUACAUAUGACAACCAGGUAUGCCCGAUUUGCCUUGCUAACCCAAAGGACAUGGCCUUCGGGUGUGGACAUCAGACAUGUCACGAGUGUGGGGAAACGCUUCAGUUGUGCCCGAUUUGUAGGACAUCAAUUCAAACUAGAAUAAAGCUCUAUUAACUACAAGUCACCAUUCUUUGAUGUUUAUUUAUUUAUUUUUUUUUCGUUUUUGGUGAGUCAUUUUAGGGUUAUUUGGUGAAAGGAAAAAAUGGUGUAAAUGAAGUGAUAAUUUUUUUUGUUUGUACAUGUUCAAUGAUGUGUUAAUUUCAUUUUUAUAGGUUGUGUAAGAUAAAUGAGAGAUUAUUGGACUGUUGUCGAGUGAUCAA